CGAACGAUUCCAACGAUUCCGGGAUUCGCAUUCGCAUUCGCAGCUGUCAGAGCUCGGAAAUCGCAGUAGAAGUCAUCGCCAUGAAUCCGCCGCACGGACUGUCAAAAUCCGUACUCUUCACGGUGCUCGGCGUCGUCUUAAUGUCAGCAGCUUUCUCGCAUGCGCUCGAUUGCUAUGUGUGCACCUAUUUGGAUGGGUACAGUGAUACCUCCUGCCUGAAGAACGCCAGUGCCGUUACCGUGCUCAACUGCACCAAGAAGUACUGUGUGACAAUGCGCGUCGAAAUGCGGCGCAACUCGAGCAAGGUGAUGUCCUUUCAGCGCGACUGCCAGGACAAACCGCUGAUGCAGUAUGGCAAUAAGCCAGAUGAAACGUUUCGCACUUACUUCACAUCCUGCCAGCAGGACCGCUGCAAUGGACACGAUGGUCGGAUUAGGAACUCGACAAAUGGCAGUUGGGGCAGCGCCAUACACAACGCUAUUGUUCCUGGAAAAGGUUCUGGUCAGGUCGUCCUUCUUAGUCCUUGCUUACCUUUACUUUUGACUAUCAUGGCACUUUGCCAGUUUCCAUAAAGCUUUCACUUUUAAUACCCCACCAAAAUGUGUAUCAAAAUAGUUGCAUGUAUUUUGUAUUCAUAAUUGCAACUUACUCAUUUUAAUAGGUGACUUUAGUUGAACUACUAAAUGCUUGAAUUUAACAAGGCUCCGCUUUAUCCUACUAUAACAUCUAACUGACCCAAUUAACGUGGUUUUUUCAUGAUAAAGCCAGAUACCUUUCAGCUAAGCAAGGUCUUCCGAUAACCAAUUACAAGGCCAUUAAACCUGGCCACACCAACUAAUUGCUGCGGUUCGAGGCCAGUUGCAGACAGGCGAUGAAAAAGUGUAGCUUGACUGUGGAUCCUGGAUGCAGGAUACGGAUGGGCCGUGGGCGAAAUCAAACCACAACGGUAAUUGCAGCGACCGCCAGGCUUUUAGGCCAAUAUCAUUGGAUCAAAGGUCGCCUUUGAGUUCCGGCAUGUCCACGCGCUCAAGAACGACGAUGAAUUCCAGCUAAUGACACUAAAUGGCAACGCUAAUGGCGUGUUUCUAAUGGAUUCGCUGACAUCUUUACGUGUCGAAAGAUGAAAACUCAAGUGCGAUGUGCACAAAUGUAAUGUAAAUUCGUUUUUGAAGGCUGGGCCCCCAAAAAUUGCAGGCCAGUUAGAGGAUGCCGCGCAGUAGCCUCGCAGAUUCGACUAUAAUUUUUUUUUGGGUUAGCAAUCAGUUUGGUUUGCUGAUUUGUCUGUUUGCCUUGCCUCAUUUGAGUUGCACGGAAUAAAUCUGAGAGAGCUUUGCCAAGUCCUUGACUUCUUAAGUACACAUUUCUGAAUUUGUGUUUGCCAAGCUCCACGCAUUAAAGUACCCAUGUGUAGAACGCCCGCCCGUUUUCAGUUUCCAGUUUCCAGUUUCGUUUGACACGCUUUUGGCGCUGGCUAAAAGCAAACAGCCAACAAACAAACAGCUGCGACAACAACAAGCACAACAGCCAACUUUACACGCCCCCUUCUUCCCACUGACAAGAGCGAAGUGGUAAGCGAAAAGUGGACGGUGGCAAGUGGGCGGUUCCGCCCCUUUCGUAUUUCCGGUUUAACUCCCUUCCGGCCAGACAGACAGCAAAAAUCGAAACCCAGUCGCAAAGUGGACAUGUGCUCUGCAAAAUUGAAUGACACGCCGAUUUUCUACACUUUUAUUCACACACUUUUACAAGCCUUUGCUGAUUUAAUUCAAUUUUAAUUUUAAUACCUUGGCACCUUUAAGAAAUGUAUGAGUUAAGCACAACAUAUAAUAUUCAUUAAAACAUAAAAGAUAAAAGAACUUUUUCAUUUCAAAAGAACUCAAGUUGCAGGCCGCAAAAUGUGGAGCGUUCCCUAAUUAAAACGUUUUUGGUCGCAAUACAAGUUAUACAAACAAUUAUUUGUAAUUUCUUGCAAAUUAAGACAGCGGCAGUAAUGCAAACAUCAAGGUGGCGGCACUCCCAGGGAAUGAGGCUACUUAAGAAAUGCCACAAUUUCGGAGCAGGAAGUAAUUUUUGCUCGACAAAUAUUGACUUGAUCCCAAUACGAAGACAGCGCCGUGAAAUAACUUGAAAGCAUUCCGCCUCCACCCAGCUGAGGUGAUCCUAUCCCAGCGAGGAGUGGGUAGUGGGUGGUGCAAAAGGCCGGUGGAGAGGAUGAAGAUGCUCACUUGACGGUGGCCACCGCAACGGACCAUAAACAACGGAGACACACGAAAAUGGGCAGCGGUUGCGGUUCACUUUUUCCCCAUUCGUGUUCGCAGCUAUCCAGCCCCCGCAGAGAGCUACGGCACUGAGAGAAAUUAUCUACCAAAACGUAAGAAAUUACUUAGUUUAGAACAUGGUCAAUCUAUUUUCAAAUGAUAUCCAAAACAUAAGCAGUUAUUUAAAG